CUUACACCACACAUUCCAUCAGAUCUACUGCUUUGGAAUCACGACAAGCUUCACAAUUCGUCUGAGAACGUGGCAAGCAGGGCUCGGCGACUUGACCGCGUGUCAUGGCGCUUCAGAUUAACCCGUCAAGCAUCGCAAAGAAUGUUGUGCGCGCUAACAGGCGCCGAGCUGUUUUAGCGACGAAGCGAGCCCUGGUCACUAGGAAUCCGUGCCUUGCGCGGCCCUCGCAGCUGUCGGUUUGUAGUCCCCACCCUGAUGCCAUCAAGCGGCGUCAGGAGGCGGAGGCAAGGCGCAUGGCAAGGGCGCGGGAGAUGGCUGAGGGCCAUAUGCUGGAUGCAAUGGGAGUAAAAUGGUACGAGGGCUCCCUGCCGCCCAACAUGGUGGUAGUGCGCACGCCCGCAUGCGUGGACCUGCUCACGCAGCGCGCCGCCGCCGAGGGCCGCACCGUGCUGCUCAACUUCUUCCAGGACGACUGCUACGCCUGCCGCACGCUGCACCCCAAGCUGAAGAAGCUGGCUGCCGACCACCCGGAGGUUCUGUUCCUCAAGGUCAACGGCAGCCGCGAGCAGCUGCGCCCGUUGUUCGAGGCGCACGGCAUCACCAAGGUGCCCUUCUUCCACGCGGUGCGGGACGGCUGCGUGCAGUCGCGCUUCAGCGCCUCGCUGAGCCCCGAGAAGCUGGCGCGGCUGCGGCAGGAGCUGCAGGCCGCCGCCGUGGCCUUCCGGCAGGCCGCCGCCGGCACACAGCUGCACACGUACCAGCACCAGCAGCAGGCGCACUUCACGCAGCAGCAGCAGCACCAGCACCAGUACCAGCAACAGCAGCAACAGCAGCAGCAGCAGCACCAGUACCAGCAACAACAGCAGCAGCAGCACACGGCGGAGGUGCAGGCCAAGGUAGCGGUGAUGGCGUAAGCGCGCGCGGUGCGAUGGCGGCAAAGCGGCAAGCUGCCGCGGUUGGUCGCCACACCCACACCGCCGCUCUGGGCUGUGGCACACAGGGGCCGACGGCGACUAAACCAGCCGCGGCGCUGGCACCUCCACCCUUGCUGUAUCAUCAGACGCUUAUGGUGCAGGGGGAGUUGGUUAGCUUGGUAUUCGAGUACGAUUUGCAUGACGCAGGCACGGCUCGGCUGAGUCGCGCAGCCUCGCCGGCGGUUCCGAGGCCGCGCGCCCCCACGUGCACUCGCACUCGGACGUUCAGCUCCCCGGGCGCUACUGCGGCACUGCGGCUUGCCCGAGUGCACCCGUUGUAUCGGACAGUGUUCGGACUCGUGUAUUGGAGGGCAUCAUGCAUGUGUGAGAUUGUGACAUGGCAUCCUGGCAUUGGCAAACGCCUGCAGAGAGUUGGGGCGGCGCGACCCGUUCGACAGCGAUUGGGUGGGCACGAGGACAGGGGCGUUGUCAAAUGGAUGUAGGGCGGGUAAAGGGCAAACGCAGCGGCAAGCAUGGCAGUUGCAACCAUUCAGAUCGUGGGGUUGGGAGCGGGAGUGCUGUGCUGGUGCAUGGGAUGGGGGUGGAAUUGUCGUGCGAGUGCGGCUGUGAGUGCAUGGUGUUUGCGGGGAGGCGGCGCCACACAGCCACCUCCUAUACGCCCGCACACAGCAUGCUAUCAACCGGGGAGAAGAACGCCACUAGUAGUGCCAAAGGCGACACACAGUACUUGAGGCUUUAGUGCUCAAGUCGAGAAGAGUGCGUGCAUGUGCGUCUGCGAGAGUGCCAUACUUCGGGGUUAUGUGUGCCAAGGGAAGUGAAACCGUGGCGUGUAUGUGUGUGUGUGUGUGAGUGUGUGUUGUGUGCGUGUGUGCGUUUUGCUCCACUUGCCGAUCGAGUGUCGAAGUGCGCAGGUUUCCCAGAAGAAAGAGUGGUGGGCAUGCAGAGAAACGGAAAGGCUAGCUGGGCAAAGCGUCACAUGCGCAGGAGUUUGCCGGCGGCCCGCCCGAGCACAGGAGACCACACGCCGCACCCAGAGGCUCCAAAUGGAGCCGGCUGCGGCGUGUGUGUACGUUGCGAGGGUGUAUUUGACCAGUCGUCGUCACUAGAUACGUGAAUGGAUGGCUGGGGUUAAUCAGUCGUGCGCAUGUAGAUGUGCCAAAAGCGUUGACGGGCCGAACGCGGGGCAAGGAGUUUGUCAGCGUUUGCAACAUAUAGGAGGGGCAUGCAACGAAACAAGGAGAACAGGGGUGAGUUGGUCAACAUUGAUACACUUUCAGGGCGAGAGAGGAGUGGCCCUGGACGCGUACCUGUAGACUAAUACAACUGGUAAGGGUGGAUCCAGGAGUGCGAUUGGCCACAGACUGAGGCAAGGAUGGUAGGGAAAGGAGUUGCAGGGGACAGUGCGGCCGUUGACCUGUUUAGCUACGCGUGAUGAACGCUAUGUAUCCAUUCAACUCGCAUCAAUGGUUGCAAUCGCGGGUGCAAGUGCACGUUUGACGCUAAGAGGCUUGUCCAAGCGGUGACUGGCGAUGAGCGGCGAGCGGCGAAGCCACCACUUACACAGCAGAGAGGAUCAAUACGGAGCCCGAUAGAGCGAGGGGUUCAGGGUGCGAGCAAUUUCUCGCGUUUCCCUUGUUAGGAUAUCUGAACGCUUUCUCAAUUCAUGUUUACCCUGAGCAUUGCGGUUGAUCGGCCUGGAGGGGGAGGAUGGCCCGGGAGGAUGGCGACGAGUGCGGCUGUGUCCGAUGCGGUCGAACGGAGUGCCUGAUCACUGGGAGCUGCUCGUUGUGUGAGUGUGCCGCCCGUUCGUGUACUACUAUUACCCCUUGUGUAUCGGUAUGGUGGCGGGACCCGCUGCAGGGCCCACAGUAGCAGAAGGAAGCUUUGCUGAUCUUGACGCGCGCGUGCGCGUGCGUGCUGGAUGCGUCAAUGGAUGGGCGGAUGUGUGCGUGGUGCGCGUGUUUUGCCUGACGGCGCCCGUCUGGGCUGUAGAUGGGAAGUUGGGCCAGGCGGGGUAUGGUGCAGCUACAGGCCGACGCCUAGGUCAAGACCUGUUGCUGAUUCCUUUACCGCCGUGUUGUGAUAGAGGUCGUGUCGCCCACUGUCGCCUGGUGGAAGCUGGGUUUUGGCCCUUCGGCGGCCCAGCCGGCGAUGAACAUGCACGGGAGUUGGGUGCCGAGGUGGAAGCUUGCGCCUCUGUGUGGGCAGGAGAAAUCAGUGAUUGACAUACGUAAGGUGGAUCUGCGAUGGUGCAAUGGGUUGAUGCGCACAUUGGGAGCUAGGGUUGAGUUGGCCGUCGUUUGUGCAGCCGUGCGUCGUGAUGCAACCCGUUGGUGUGUGUGCGCCUGUUGCCGGUCUGGGAGUUGCGAAGGGUGGUGAGCUGGCAAUUAUUGUGCUGGAGCGAGAUGAAAGGCCGUCUGUAGUUGGCGUUGAUGCCGCGUGGAGAAGAAAUCAAACAAACAUUAUUCUUUCAGGCCAGCAACCGUUGUCGCGCACGCUCGGUCCCUGUAAUACUUCAUGGAU